AUGGCUGCUCGAGCCAGUUCCUCACUCAACCUUCCCAAGUCUUCUGGCAGAUGCACAUACAGCAUUGCAGCAAAGGCUGGGACAGAGUUCAUAGAAGCCUUGCCCGAUACAGGGGCCCAGUUCAACAUUAUCUCAGCCCACUUGGCUCAAAAAUUGCGUCUUGAGCCCAAACCUCAUACAGAACGACUGAUCCAGUUGCCAACCGGGGGUGAUGUCUUGUCUCCAGGCUGCCUAGAGGUUCCCUUCAGUUUCAAGAAAGUGACGAAUCUGGCAUGCUUCAUUCUCCCGCACAUCUCUCAUGAUCUGGUCCUCUCAGGCGCCUUCCUUCGUGCACCGGAGACGUUAAAGAAGUAUAAAAGCAGGAUCACCGCUGCUGCCCUUCCUGAUACAGGAUCAGACGUCAUGGUUAUGUCCAAAGCAUAUGCUAUUUCCCGCGGCUUCAACAUCGACAGGAAUCUUCAGAAAUUUCUUGAUCUUGAGCUUGCUGAUGGUUCUGAAGCCUUCACAUGUGGCCUAGUCCGCGGGGUAGACUGGACAUUUGCUGCAUCACGACAAAGCGUGAAAUGCGACUUCUACGUUCUUGAAGACUUGUGUACGAAUGUUGUGCUUACCAACGACUUCUUGUUUGGAUUAGACGUUUUUUCCACAGAAUCAGAGUUCCUGUCCAAGCUUUCUUAUAGCGAAGACUAUUCAGAGCUAUUGCUCAUAAGCCUCAAGGGGAAUUGUCCAGCUGAGUUGCCGCCGCACGAAGAUCUGGCCAACAUCGAUCUGACCUCUGCGGAUGCUUUUAGUCGCCAGCGAACCCUGGCGACCAAGAAACUGCUAGAAGGACAGAAUUUGAGAGACGCAGGGUAUGGGAGGAGCUUCUACAGAGGCAUCAACAACUACAGUUUGCUGCCCAAUUGA